CUGCCCUGGUUGAAACAGGCUCAAGAACUGGAAGAAACCAAAGCAGCCUUGGAAGAUCCAACGUUCAUCCCGGGUCCGUGGUCAUCCUGCAGUGUGUCUUGUGGUCUGGGCGUUCAAAGGCGUCAGGUGAAAUGUAAAGUGCUGCUGUCUUUCACUCAAGCUGAAGUCGAACUACCUGAUGAAGAGUGUGAUGAGGACAAGCCUCCCUUACAAAGGACCUGUGAUUCAGGUCCCUGUUUAGCAUCUUCAGACUCAUCCUGGAGGCCCCAUGAGAUCCCUGAUCAGCACGGCUAUGUUUGGGAAAACAUGGGCUUCACUCCCUGCUCUGCUUCAUGUGCUGUUGGCAAACAGAUGGCUGUUGUCAGGUGUGUGAGCACCUUGAAAAAGGAAAUUGUUGAUGACACACUCUGCAACGGCUCCAAACUGCUGCUCUCUUCGCUUCGCAUCUGUAACCCUCAGCCAUGUCCUCCGAGAUGGGAGGUGAGCGUGUGGAACCCGUGUUCUGUGUCGUGUGGUGUGGGGCUGCAGACGCGCAGUGUGUCCUGUGUGAGGUCUGUGGUGGGAAACCGCACUGAAUCUGUGUCCAGCAUAGAGUGUGUGGAGAGAAGACCUCCAGAACUGCAGGCCUGCAACCAGGUGGCCUGUCCACCGGCCUGGGAGGCUGAGGAGUGGCAGCAGUGCUCUCAUUCGUGUGGCAGAGGCACUCAGUGGCGUAAGGUUUACUGUAAACAGAGACUGGCUUCUGGAAGCUACCGCAGGCUGAGCGACGAGGAGUGCGCUGGAACCAAACCUGACGUCCACAGGAUUUGCAUGAACCCUGACUGUCUGCUGCCGCGUCUGGAAGGAGGAGAGUGGUCAAAGUGUUCUGUGACAUGUGGAAAAGGCAUUCAGCGGAGGGAACCCGUUUGUAGGAGACAGACGGCCUCCGGUCAGCUGGUCACUCUGGACAGGUCGGCCUGCAGUGACCUUCCUCUUCCUCCUCUGAUCAGGAGCUGCCGUAUGAGCCCGUGCAACAAGCACAAGCACUCCAAAAAACGUUGCCCUCAGGUCAUGGGCCUGAAACGCAUCUAUAUCCAGACCAGACAAGAAAAACGCCUCAGUUUUACCAUCGGAGGACGAGCCUACCUUCUUCCCAAGACCUCCGUCGUUAUCAAGUGUCCCGUUCGGCAUUUCCCUAAAGCUCAGGUCCGUUGGGAGAAGGAUGGGAGUGAUCUGACCAGCUCCAAACGUCUGAGCAUCACCAGAUCUGGCGCUUUGAGGAUCUACAACCUGGAGGCUGAAGAUAUCGGACUGUACCGCUGCUGGGCCAACCAAGAUUCGGACAUCUUCAUCCUGAAGCUGAUCGGAUACAAUAGUAGGCUCCUGGAACAUCCUGAAGGAAAGAGUUUGGGAAGUAGGAGCUUUCAUCCAUACCUCAAUAAAGAAGGAGGUUACGUUGGUUCAAAGUGCCAUGAGGGGUUUCCACCUGGAAAGAAGGCUCCAAAAUCUCCCCCAAGCUGGAUGCAAAAAAACGAGUUCUACCGAGACGACGAUGGCCAGCCUAAGGAACUCUGGGAUACUCUUGCUUUAGGAAACUAUGCUUUGGCUUCAGCCGCCAGGAGCCACGCGGGAGCCUUUGUCCUUGAUCCUGCACAGUUCGAGGAGCUCGUGAAGAACAUCAGUCAGCUGGCCGAGAGCGGAGAUGUGACGGAUGAAAUGGCGUUGCACCUGAUUGGGAAACUUAUGGAGGAUUUGGCUGCCGCGGGGCAAGGGGCACAAACUGAGGAAAGCACUACGAUGGGCAAUCAUUUAGAUAAGACGCCAAACACUUCUGAACAUUCUGAGGGAAAGACGCCGAAAAAAGGCAGUCGAGCGGUUAUCGUUCGACAAAAGCAUCACGGAUCUGCCAUGAGCUUCCAGAGGGAUCUCCGGAUCCAUGUGGGCAGGACCACUUACCUAACCAAUGCUACCCACAGCCUCACGCUGAUGUGUCCCACUCAGGGAUUGCCACCUCCAAACCUCUCCUGGAGCAAAGAUGGAGCUCCGCUUCAGAACAGCGACAGAAAACAAGACUCCCUGUGUACCUCUGAGUCCAGCCGUGACUGAUCUUGAUUGAGCAACCGCAUAUUCCAAAAGCCUGUUAAU